GCGUGCCGAGUCCCGCGUGCCUUACCGAGGACGCCUGCGCAAGUGUCUCCCGGGCAUCUGCCCGCCCUGGCGCAGGCUUACUGUGUAGGUGGGCGAAGGCGGUCGGCAGCCGCGGGCCAGCUCCUCCGGCUCCUCCGUAGCCGCGCCGCUCGCGGCCGGCAGGGUUCGCUCUUCGCGGAGCCUGUCCUGUUCCCGGCCGGCCAGCGCCUGCGCCUGCGCGGCGCUUCCGCCGCUCGGCGAAGGGAGAGAGCUGCCCCACUGCUGCGCGCUGGGACUAAGAUGGCAGCGGCGGCCCGGCUGGGCUGGGGAGCUGCGGCUGCUGCCGCGGGGCUGCGUAGGCGAUUAUGUCCUAUGAUGAAUCCAUACACCGUUAAGAAACAGCUUCUGCAUCAUUUUGUACAAAGACCACUUUUCCAACUGCCUGCAACCUUAUGUAACACAGUGAGACACAUGUUUAUUCAAACACAAGAUACCCCCAAUCCCAACAGUUUAAAGUUUAUUCCAGGAAAACCAGUUCUUGAGACAAGGACCAUGGAUUUUCCCACACCAGCUGCAGCAUUUCGCUCCCCUCUGGCUAGGCAGUUAUUUAGAAUUGAAGGAGUAAAAAGUGUCUUUUUUGGACCAGAUUUCAUCACUGUUACAAAGGAAAGUGAAGAGUUAGACUGGAAUUUACUGAAACCAGAUAUUUAUGCAACAAUCAUGGAUUUCUUUGCUUCUGGCUUACCCUUAGUUACUGAGGAAACAUCUUCAGGAGAAGCAGGAUCUGAAGAAGAUGAUGAAGUUGUGGCAAUGAUUAAGGAAUUGUUAGAUACUAGAAUACGGCCAACCGUUCAGGAAGAUGGAGGAGACGUUAUCUAUAAAGGCUUUGAAGAUGGCAUUGUACAGCUGAAACUCCAAGGUUCUUGCACCAGCUGCCCCAGUUCAAUCAUUACUCUGAAAAAUGGAAUUCAGAACAUGCUGCAGUUUUAUAUUCCAGAAGUAGAGGGUGUAGAACAGGUUAUGGAUGAUGAAUCAGAUGAAAAAGAAGCAAACUCACCUUAAAAUAAUUAGAAUUUUCUUUGGGCCCAGCAGUUGGACUUAUUGAUAAUAUAUACAAAGCUUUUAUUGUUAAUCUGCUAAGGAACUUGAGGAUUAAUAAAAUAUGCCCCUUUUUCAGAGACUGAUACAUAAAUAUUGCAAUGUUU